AUGACAGAAGCGUUGGAGAGACACACCUUCAAGGUGUUCAACCAGGAUUUUACGGUUGAUAAAAGAUUUCAGCUGAUAAAAGAGAUCGGUCACGGCGCGUAUGGAAUAGUGUGUUCUGCUCGGUUCACCGAAGCAGCCGAUGAAACUAACGUGGCUAUCAAAAAGGUGACGAACAUUUUCGCCAAGACACUCUUGUGUAAGCGUUCAUUACGAGAGCUCAAACUACUUCGACACUUCAGAGGCCACAAAAAUAUAACAUGUCUGUACGACAUGGACAUUGUUUUUUCACCGGAUUCGACUUUCAAUGGACUCUAUCUUUACGAGGAAUUGAUGGAAUGUGAUGUUCACCAAAUCAUCAAGUCGGGUCAGCCUUUGACGGAUGCGCAUUAUCAAAGCUUUAUUUACCAGAUACUGUGCGCUUUGAAAUACAUCCACUCGGCAGACGUUCUCCAUAGGGAUCUCAAACCUGGAAAUUUACUGGUAAAUGCCGACUGUCAACUCAAGGUUUGUGAUUUUGGGCUUGCUCGCGGAUACUCUGAAAAUCCAGUUGAAAAUAACCAAUUUUUGACUGAAUAUGUCGCUACCAGAUGGUACAGAGCGCCUGAAAUCAUGCUGAGCUACCAAGGCUACACUAAGGCUAUCGAUGUGUGGUCUUGUGGUUGUAUUCUAGCGGAGUUGUUAGGCGGUAAACCCAUUUUCAAAGGAAAGGACUAUGUGGACCAACUGAACAGAAUUUUACAGGUACUGGGAACUCCUCCAGAAGAAACACUGGAACGCAUAGGGUCAAAAAAUGUGCAAGACUACAUCCAUCAACUGGGCUUUAUUCCAAAGGUUCCAUUCUCAGUCUUGUAUCCGCAAGCAAAUGCUCAAGCGCUGGAUUUACUUGAGAAGAUGCUUGCGCUCGAUCCACAAAAAAGAAUCACAGUUGAAGAAGCUCUAGAACAUCCCUACUUGAGUAUAUGGCAUGAUCCUAGUGACGAACCUGUUUGCAGCGACAAAUUCGAUUUUGGUUUUGAAGCUGUCAACGAAAUGGACGAGCUAAGAGAAAUGAUUCUCGAGGAGGUGCAAGACUUCCGGCAGUUCGUGAGACAGCCAUUGAUAGAAGAAGAGCAAGCACAGCAGCAGCAGAGGACCUUGCAACAAGCAGAGCAACAAGAGCAAGAUCAUUUACAGCACCAACAUCGGCGUCGUCACCAUAGACAACAAGAUCAGCGCCAAUACCACGAGAACGACCAACAAGAACUUGCCAACCAGAAGCAAGCUCAGGAAGUGCCACCUUGUGACUAUGUGCCAGAAACGCAGGCUCCGCUGGGUACAUAUGAAGACGGGGGCUACAAGCAGCAUACAGUUUUCUCGCAACAGCCAGUGGCCAUAUCUCCGGACCUUCACGACCAAUUUAUAGGCAUUCAUUCUGGUAACCUACCAGACCACAACAUGGAUUUUCCGCCUCGCCCACACGAAAAUCUGCUUGCAUCACCACUGGCCGGUAAUACAGAUCAGCUAGAUCCUUCUGGGUUGGACGACUUUUUGGACCUCGAAAAAGAACUUGAGUUUGGGCUCGAUCGCAAAUAUUCUUAG